UGCACGUCAGGACAAAACACUUUAUGUUAACUCAAUGGCCCAGUGUGAUAUGAUUGUCAAACGAUUACCGAGUCCCUAGAAAUUGAACGAACCAUGAGCCAGCAAGGUCGAUACGGACAACAGCAAACUAUAGUGGCCUUACGUCGUGUGGGACCUGCAGCAACGGAUGCUCAUGUUUAUACUUUUCAUAUUUUGAUCACGUAACGUCAAGAUGGCAGUAGCCGAGCUGAUUUCUGAGAACACUGUUACAGUGUUACUGUUCAUGGUUACCCUGGUGGUGCUCCUGCUGGUUCAGAACGCGAGGAGACCAUCUGGGUUCCCACCAGGGCCGCCUGCUCUUCCGAUCAUUGGAAAUGUCCUUGAGUUCCGGUCGAGGGAGCGAAUUCACCAAACUUUUCUGCGAUUAUCGCAAAAGUACGGCCGUUUAUUUUCACUCAAGCUCGGUAGCUUCUGGGUGAUCGUUCUGAACGACGCAGAAGACAUCCGGCAGGCUGUAGUUAAACAACCGGUAGAGUUUGCUGGACGACCCCUACUCCACUCUACCAGCAUUUUUACGGAAGGUUACAAAGACAUCGCCUUCAGUGACUACAACCCUGAGUGGAGUAUCCACCGUAAACUGGGACACUCUGCACUCAGGCAUUUUGCACAGGGUGUCAAAGUCGACAAGCUUACGCAAGGUAUCCUGCCCAGUGUAGCUGAAGUACUGGAUGGGUCUCUGGGCAAACCUUUCGACAUUAAACCUGUCAUUGAUCGAAGCAUCUUCAUCAUAUUAGCGAGAAUGUGCUACGGCAAAAGUUACAAAUUCGAUGAUCAACAGCUGACCAAAUGGUUCGACUUGAACAAGGAAAUCCAAGUUGUCCUGGGCGGAGGUCUCCCUCGAGAUUUCAUCCACAGUCUCAAGUAUCUCCCGCGUCUUCCCAAAGAGAAGGCAUUCCGCAAGCUGACUGAAGAAUCCUUGCGAUUCACCUACGAUGAGUUCGAUGGUCAUCGUGAAUCGUUUGAUCCAGACAACAUUCGCGAUCUGUUCGAUUCCCUGAUCGCCGCCCAGAAGGAAGCGAUUGCUGAGGGCGGAUCGACGAAAUUAACGGCGGAGUUUCUGACCGAUGCGAGGAUCACUCAGACGGUUGCUGACAUGUUUGGCGCUGGUACGGGUACGACAAUCCCUACUCUACUCUGGGCCAUAGCCAUCAUGAUAGAGCAUCCACACAUCCUCCAACGCGUUUCCAAGGAGAUAGACGAGGUCAUAGGUCAAGAUCGUCUUCCAUGUAUCUCAGACCGAGGCUCUAUGCCGUACACCGAGGCUUUUCUUCUCGAAGUUAAUCGAUUUGGUUCUGUUGGUCCGGUCGGCUUGCCCAAGUCGGUGACCAAGGAUACCACUUUGUUUGGCUACAAGCUUCCUAAAGACACCAUGGUGAUGCUCAAUAUGUGGGCGGCCCAUUAUGACCCCAAAUACUGGGACGAACCUACCAAGUUCAACCCAGAACGCUUCUUGGAUGAAAGUGGCGCCGUUCUAACUAGACUGCCAGCAGCAUACAUGCCUUUCGGUCUCGGACCUCGUGCCUGUAUCGGGGAGAACUUCGCAAAGGGCGAGAUUUUCAUUCUGAUCUGCUGGCUGUUCGGCCACUAUUCCUUCUCCAAGGUACCUGGGAAGGAGGACGAGUCUCUCUUUGUACUGGACGAGGUGCUCGGGUUCAGCCAUGAGCUUGCUCCCUAUGAAAUAAUAGUGAAUAAGCGGGAAAUUUAAAGAAAAAUUGCAAAAUAAUCAAGUUUCACGAGGUGGAACGUCAGGCGGGAGUCUGCCAAAUUCGUAUGGGAUGUGCCAUUCUUCUUGACGGUGGCCACUUGUUCGAUGCUGGUCUUGGUGCCUGCACAUGGCCACACAAUGACUUCAAUUCACUCUUCCAAGUUAUACAUACAUACACACAAACAAACGAAUACUUCUUCCCAGGGGCAUUGGGUAUUGUGUGUGCCACAGGCCCAUAACAACAAUUUUGGGAACAAGGUUAAAACUCCAAUAAUGUUGCCAAAAAUGGGCUUAGAAAACAAUUUUUCAUAGAUAGAAAAUGAACAAAUUAAAACUGGUCAGUACAACAUUAGUCUAUUUUGUUACGAACACCAUAUCUAUGAUAGUAUGGCUUCAAAACUUAUUCACCCCCACCCUGCAGCACUUCAACAAAAUAAAUUGCCUCGGCCCAUGGCCGAAUAGUCUCGUGCUCUGGAAUGAGCGGUUGAUGUAAAAUGUUUAUAUAAAACUACUCAAAAUCACAUUGAUUACGCACGUAAAGCUGACUCUGGUUUUGAUGGGGUCAGUGGGGUAGACGAGUGAAAGGGUGUUACCAGAGUGUAGAUUUUGGACGUCACCUUCGUUUUGGGGCACGUUGGGAUACUAAUGAGUUUAUUAAUUGAAUUAAAAUGUUUUAACAUAAUAAUUCCAUAUACAAAUAUACCUCGGUUUUUCUUUAAUUUCUUGAACUAGCACGGUCUGCUAUUUUGUGGAUGUUCUAUCUAUGCAAAUUUAUGAACUUUAUAUUUUAUAAAACUAUUUUGUAUACUGCAUCAUUUUAUGAACUGUUUUUGCGACAUGAUUGUGUUUGUUAAGUACGUCGGAAUUAAAAGCCUUUUCAGAGCGGUAUAUUCCUUUUGUAAUUAUUGUGGUUUUUUGUUCUUUGCAUAAGCUUUUUUUUUGUUUAGCUUUUAAAAGGUAGGGUCAAAUAUUGGUUUGUGCCAACUUAAUACUGAAUAUAAACACAAUGUCAAAAACGAUACCAAAAAAGUCACAAAGUUGCAGCUGAAUACGGUAUCUGAUUGCUGAGACAGCACAAACUGUCACGAGAACAUUUUUGAAGACAGUGCACUGUUAAAAAAACAGAAGAUUUUACAGAAAAAAAAUUACAGAAUCAUUCUGUAAUUUUUUUAAGCUGGAAAUUUUCUGCAAUUUAACGGAACAGAUUUUGAAGAAAAAAAACAAACGUUUUUCUUACAGAAAAUUUGUAUGCUUCAGACCCCAUAUAUCGAUUUUUUGUAAUUUUACAGAGUGUUUUGUAUAUUUAAAGUAAUCUUCAUUUUUAAUGAAAGAUCUGUUGUAUUUUCUGUUAUUUAACAGGACAUUUUGUUAA